AAGCUAUCUUCUCGAUACAUUUUCACCUGUGCUGCGAGCAAAGCUCCAUCGUUGCGAUCUCUUCUAGACACCACUUUCAACGUCUACGUCCCAAAUUUGAAGUCGGAGGCUUAGAAUGGAGUCUACCACAACUUCAACAAGUCGCCCCGAGCGACCUGUCGCCAUCGUCUGUGUCGGCCUGGCAGGAUCCGGCAAGACCACUCUCAUGCAACAACUAUACGCCUACCUACAUCAAAAGCAAGAACCUCCGUAUGUGGUCAAUCUUGACCCUGCCGUUACCAACUUGCAGUACCAAGCAAACAUCGACAUCCGCGAUUCAGUGAAUUACAAGAAGGUGAUGGAGGAGUAUGGCCUUGGGCCCAACGGGGGCAUCAUGACAUCCCUCAAUCUCUUCACGACAAAGGUCGACCAGGUUAUCAACAUCCUCGAGAAGCGGGCGGUGCCCGAUCCGGAGAAGCCGGAGCGCAAACCGAUCAAGCGGAUUCUUGUGGACACACCAGGUCAGAUAGAAGUCUUUCUCUGGUCAGCGUCCGGAAGUAUCAUGCUCGAAUCGUUUGCCUCGUCCUUUCCUACAGUCCUCGCGUAUGUUGUCGAUACCGCGCGUACAACCUCGACGGCGACGUUCAUGAGCAAUAUGCUCUACGCAUGCAGCAUUCUCUACCGUACGAAGCUGCCCAUGAUCGUAGUCUUCAACAAGACCGAUGUCCAAGACGCAGAGUUCGCCAAGAAGUGGAUGACGGACUACGAAGCAUUCCGAGAGGCUCUCACUGCCGACGAGAAUCGUAAUGCAUUUGGGGGUGUGGAGGGCUCGGGGGCCGGUACCGGAUACAUGAGCAGCCUUAUCGACAGCAUGAGUCUGGCCCUGGAGGAGUUCUACAGCGACCUCAACGUGGUGAGCGUUAGUGCGCUCCAGGGGACGGGCAUGGAUGAGUUGCUUGAGGCUAUCAAGCAGAAGGCCGACGAGUUUGAGAAGGGAUAUCAGCCAGAGCUGGAUCGGAAGCGUGCUCAAAGGGAGGAGGACAAGAAGAAACAGAGAGAGAAAGAGCUAGAGAAGAUGAUGAAGGGUAUGUCGAUGGGUAGCACAGCGUCCUCGAGUGCCUUGGGAGAUAAGGCGCUGAAGGAAGAUGACGAUGUGGAGCCGCUCAGCCCGGACGAGGAUGAGGGCGAAGGUGAUUUCGACGAGGACGAUCGCGAGGGGCUUCAGGCAAGAUACGAGGCGGCAAUGCGAGACCAGCAAGACUCGACAGGUGCAGAGGCGAGUUUCGCCAAAUACCUGCAUACCCAGCGCCAAUGAACACAGCAGCUCGAAGCUGUACAGAAGGCGCAUCGCCGACAUGACGCAAUAGGCUGGCCGGAAUUUAGAGGUUUACGGCGUGUGCAUGGGCAAAGGCCUUCAAAGAGUAGCGUGGCGGGAGAGGGGAGAAGUAAUGGACCCGACGCUGUAAGGGCGGCAGGGUAAGAGUGAGGGCAAGAGGACAAGAGGGAGGGCAAGAGGGAGGAAGGCGUGUUCGAGCCCAAAGUGACACGGGUAUUGGCGGCUCUGUAAGCGGAUUUGACAAAAAGCGCAAUGGGUUUCAACGGGUAAUUAUAGGUCAUCAGCAUCAGGUUA